AUGUUUUCACCCUCAGGAACGGUGGCAACGAUUAAUGCUAGAGAAACUGCUCCACUGAGUGCUUCAGAGAACAUGUUUGGGGAUGGCACAGAGAAAAAUCCAGGAUUGUUAAUAGCUGUACCAGGAGAACUGCGUGGUUAUGAGAUGGCACACAAUAGAAGCGGGAGACUGCCAUGGAAGGAGCUGUUUGAGCCCAGCAUAAAGCUGGCACGCGAUGGAUUUAAGAUUGGAAAGGCCUUAGCCAAAGCCAUUAAAGCGGAGGAGGAAAAAAUUAAGAAUGAUCCAGUUUUGUGUGGAGUGUUUUGCGACUUAAACAAGGCCAUCUUCAAGGAAAAUGAUUGUAUAAGAUUUCCCAAACUAGCUGCCACCUAUGAGAAGAUAGCGAACUACGGAAUAAGUGCCUUUUACAAUGGGGCAUUGACUGAUGAUAUACUGAAAGUCACCAAGGCUGCAGGAGGGAUUAUAACACGUGAGGACCUAAUGAAUUAUACGGCAGAGUGGCAAGAGUAUGCAUUAAACUUCACUGUGGGGAAAUACAUAUUUCAUGCUCCUGAUGCUCCAUUUGGCGGACCUGUGCUCGCUCUGAUUCUCAACAUACUCAAAGGUUACAGCCCCUCAAACUGCAGUGUGUCCACAACAGAGAAUAAGAUUUUGACCUAUCAUCGCAUGAUAGAGACGUUUCGCUGUGCUGAUGAGGAGAGGAGAAAACUGGGAGACCCACUCGAUGAAAACAUCACUAAGAUUGUCAAAGAUAUGACCUCAAAGAGCUUUGCAGACAACAUCAGGAGUAAGAUUAAAGAUGACAUCAAACAAGAGAGAUGCAAUGAGCAGUGCUAUGACAAUUGUCAAGUUGAUGACUCUGGCACGUCUCACCUGUCCAUCAUCGGAGAAGACGGGAGUGCGGUGGCCGUCACCAGCAGUAUCAAUGACUAUUUUGGCUCUAAGGUGAUGUCAAACUUAACAGGCAUUAUAUUUAAUAACCAAAUGAAUGAUUUCUGUAAACCCAAGAAGGAAAAUGGACAAGACAAAAAUAGGAGUUGUGAAAAUAACAACCUAAUUAAACCAGGUAAAAGGCCACUUUCAUCAAUGUGUCCCACAAUCAUAUUGCACAGCGGACAAGUCAAAAUGGUGGUUGGAGGUGAAGGUGGGACAAAUAUCACCACAUCAGUUGCUCAGGUGAUCCUGAACUAUCUGUUCUUUGGCUAUGACCUGCAGAAAGCUGUUAAAGAGCCCAGAGUUCAGAUCACGAAAAAUGAGACAAAUGUAGAAAAGGACUUUGAUAAGGGGGUUACUGAUGGCUUGAAGAAGAAGAAUCAUUCUAUAUGUAACAAUACUGAACUAACAGCUGUCCAGGCAAUUGUACGAGAGGGGGACGAAGUCUGUGCUGAAUCUGACUACAGGAAAGGUGGCUAUCCUGCCGGAUAUCCAGAACCAAUACUGUAG